GUCGAAAGAAGAUCUGUUUUGAAUUUCCUUGCAUUAAAAAUUCCACUCGAAUCUCCACUAGGCAAUAUUCAACACUUGGUGAGUAAGUUAGGCCACAGUAAGGUCAUUUAUUUCCGUAGAAAACACCAUCUUAAAUGAUGAACAAAUUACGUCUGGUUAAUGCAAAGAGACCAAGAGGAGUUUGUCGUGAAUAUACCAAUUGAUAUAUUUGGAAUAAUAAAUUUCUAAGGCAAGUUGUGGCACGGAUUGUGGCUUCUACGCAUCAUUCUUGAGUGAUCGGUGAUUUUACUGUGUGUUAUGGAGCAAGAACAACCCAGAGAAAGAUAUUUAUGCUGGGCAGACUUUUCUCUGCGCGAAGUAGUUGAGGGUCGCGCAAGGGGAAACCGACGCUCCUUGUGGCUUCGUGCAAGAAUGCAGAUGUUUCUUUUUAAAGGUGGAUGUUACGCACAGACUCACAGUGUACAGGUUAUCAUGAUUGGUUUGCUGUUUCUUGUUGCAUUCGCGUUAUGUCUGUAUAAAGCAAAAGUUGAGACCAACGUAGAAAAGCUUUGGAUGAAAGUUGGCGGACGUCUGGAAGAAGAGCUAGCUUACUCUAAAGCGUACGGUUAUGAUUAUAAAUCGUAUGAAGUUGUUAUUCAAACACCGAGAGUAAAAGGAAGAAACGUACUCACGAAAAAUUCGAUGUUAACACAUGCUGAGGUGCUGAAAAAAGCGAUGAAAGUUGAGGUGGAAGUUUUUGAACAGACAUGGUCAAUACAGGACAUUUGUGCAAAACCUUCUGUACCACAAUUUCAUCCAUGGAUAGAUAAGAUGAUGGAAAAGCUAAUUCCAUGUACAGUUAUAACUCCUUUGGAUUGUUUUUGGGAUGGUGCAAAAAUUCACCCACAAAAUAUAACGAAUAUAAUACUUAAACAACCAAUUCAAUGGACGACGUUUGAUCCGACAUACUUUGUAAAUCAUGUUUCAAGUUAUGUAAAAGAAAAUUUAGACAUUACCAAAAUGAAGUCAAUGUUGACAGAGGCAGGAAUCUCCCAUGGUUAUCUAAACAAACCGUGUCUAAAUCCUAAUGACCCCCGUUGUCCAAACAUGGCACCCAACAAAAAAAGUCGAAAGGCUUUAGAUAUCGGAGAAACUGUAACUGGUGGCUGUACGGGAUUUGCUGAGAAAAUGAUGAUUUGGCCAGAAGAAAUGAUAAUUGGUGGAACUAGAAAAAACAAAAGUGGUUAUAUCAAAAGAGCGCAUGCGUUACAAAGUGUGAUAAAUCUGAUGAGCGAAGAAGAAAUCCAUCAAUGGUGGAGAGAUGCCAAUGGAUUCACAAAAGACAAAGUUCAGCAUUUAGCUGAGGGAUGGACUGUUGAGGCAGCUAAGCUCGUCCUUAAUACCUGGCAAAGGAAAUUUGUUAAAGUUGUAAAUGAUUUUUCUGAAGAAAAAUAUACAACGCAAAAAGUCAUGGCAUUUUCAACGACAUCAUUUAAUGAUCUUCUAAAUAGUUUUUCGAAACCUAACCUUGCCCUCAUUAUUGGUGGAUAUACCUUAAUGAUUUUAUAUGCAUGUUUCACAAUGGUUCGUUGCAACAGCGUUGUCCAAUCACAAGGUUGCAUGGGAAUUCUCGGAGUUCUACUUGUCUCAUUAUCUGUGGCAGCCGGUCUUGGUUUGUGUUCACUGGCUGGGAUUGAUUUCAAUGUUGCUUCAACUCAGGUUCUUCCAUUUCUUGCUCUGGGUCUUGGUGUUGACGACAUGUUUCUUCUGUCACAUGCAUACAGAGAUCUCAACAGCAAAAAUCUCAGAACUAAGGAGUACGCUGGAUAUUGUCUGAGCACUACAGGAGUUAGUAUCAUGUUGACCAGUAUCACAAAUGCUGCUGCUUUCUUUUUUGCCGCCAUAAUACCCAUCCCAGCAUUGAGAGCACUAUGUAUCAAGGCUGGUGUUGUUGUUAUUUUCAACUUUUUCUCCAUUGUCAUUAUCUAUCCUGCAAUGAUCGCCAUUGAUGUGAAGAGAAGAGAAGACGACCGUUACGAUAUAUUUUGUUGUGUAAAAAGAGAUACUACAACAGAAGUUACACAUCUCGACCAGAAACAACUUCUUCACUGGCUACCUACAACGAAACAACAGAUGACGAUUAUCAAAUAUUCAUCUGCCAACGUCACUUUAGGACAAUCUCAAGGUUAUAUUUUACCUGGCGUUGCCUUGAGAGCUUCAGCAAAUUGUAACAUAAACAACACAAUAUGCAAAAGUAUGCUUGGAGGAAAUGUGAUGUCUUUGCCCGAGAUGGGAAAUUUUGUUGUUUCCGUAUCAUCAAGUGGUCAAAUCGUCGAAGGUGAUUCCUCCCAAAACGCCAACGCUAAAAUUAAUGCGAAUUACAAACGAGGCAAAGGACUCGACAUCAACGCAUCAAGUAGUGCCAUAUGCAGUCGACAUAAUCACAACAGAAAAUCUAAAAACAUACCAUCAAAGAUCAACCAUGGAUGCUCCAGAGAGAACUUGGAUAACACACCAAACUUCAACGCUCAAAGUAAAGUCAAUGUAGCAAUGCCUCCACAUAAAGUAUCACCAAUUUUUGAAAAAAACCCGCAGCAAAGUGAAAUUCAUGUUACUGCUGAUGCUUCGGCCCAUAACGAAGGUUCUUGUUCAAAUUCAACGAAUGCUGAAGUUAUACUAAGACCUAAUAACAUACAAAGAUCUCGACAACGCAGUGUAGCCUGGGAGCGAACGAUGAAUUCAAAACUUGUGAAGACUAUAACCAGAUUAAGUGUUGGAGAUUUAACGAAAAUGUACUAUACACCACUGUUAAAGAAAAAUUCUGUCAAGAUAUUCCUUCUCAUUCUGUUUGCGACUAUCUUGUCCAUUUCAAUCUACGGGUUUAUUCAAGUACAAGAUGGUGUUGAUCUAACUGACGUUGUCCCAAAAGAAAGUAAACUAGCAGAGUUCUUGAAAGCUAGAAAUGAGCAUUUCUCGUUUUAUGAUAUUUUCAUCAUUACAAAAGCUGACUUUGAUUAUCCAAAUAACCAAGAAAUGUUAACAAGACUUCACGAAGCUUUCAAAAAGGUUGAUUUCAUUGUGAAAGAAAGAGAUAAAAAACUACCAAAAUUCUGGCUGAUUUAUUUUAGAGAUUGGCUUAUUAGUUUACAAAAAGCGUUCGAUAAAGACUGGGAAAACGGAGCUAUUACUUAUACGGAAUGUUAUCCUAACGCAACAAGUGAUGGGAAAUUAGCUCGGAGAUUACUGUUAGGGACAGGAGAACCCCAGGAAACUUCUCAGCUUCAAACACAAAAACUGGUACGAGAGAAUGGUAUAAUUAAUGAACGAGGAUUCUACAGUUUCUUGAGAGCCUGGUAUCGCAUGGAUCCCAUGGGAUAUGAGAGUUCUUUGGUAAAAAUUAAACCUAGUCUUGAUGAUUGGAAUGAAGACGAUGACAAAAGACGAGUUCGUCCGGCUGAAAAAAUCAAAUAUGCUCGAAUGCCAUUCUACGUCAACGGACUGAAAGAAACGUCAGAUUAUGUCAAAUUGAUUAAGCAAGUACGAGCAGUAUGCGACAGAUUUACGGCAGAGGGUCUUCCCAACUACCCCAGGGGUGCGCCUUUCACAUUUUGGGAGCAAUAUAUUUGGUUACGCUGGCAAUUAUUAAUUACAGUCUCAGUUGUUUUGGCGGCGAGUUUUCUAAUUAUCUCAACCAUUCUUGUAAAUAUCUGGGCUGGAACAAUAGUGGUUGUAAUACUGGCUUUGACUGCUAUUGAGCUGUUUGGAUUCCUAGGAUUGGCUGGUAUUAAACUAAGUGCAAUCCCAGCAGUCACUCUGGUUUUCUCUGUAGGAGUUGGUGUGGAGUUCACAGUUCAUCUUUGUAUGGUGUUUGUCUCUUCAGUUGGAACAAGAGUUGAAAGAACACAACAAGCUUUGGACAGUGUUAUAACGCCAGUUGUUAAUGGAGCGGUGUCAACUAUCCUUAGUGUGGUCAUGUUGGCCGGCUCAGAGUUCGAUUUUGUCGUAAAAUAUUUCUUUCACGUGUUGGCACUCUUGAUUCUGAUUGGUUUCUUCAACGGAGUCGUCCUUCUUCCGGUCAUUUUGUCGCUCAUUGGUCCUAACCCUGAGGUCGUGCCUAUUCCUACGUCAAACUUUGGCUCGACUACAACAUCCUGGAUAGGUCUGACAUCCUUUGAUCGUAACGCGUGCAGUUCAACUUCAAAUUUAACGACGUUAGGCAAAACGGAAACCUCCAAAAAUUCCUUAGAUACAGAUUACGCGACAUUACAGAAUAUGGAAAACUGUACAUCUAAAAAGACAGCAGAACAGCUUGAUGGUAAAAAAGAUCUGAAUAGAAAAGACACCAGUCCUAAACAAUUCUACGGUAAAACUCUUCCUUCUUUGACGGAAAGUAAAAAAGUUAAACCAUCACGUAACAUUGCAGAAGUUACAGCAACGGCGACAGUUACAGUAAAACUUCCUGUUGAAUUAAAGCAAGAGAAAACAGAGAAAUUUCACGAUAAUCAGGCGAUUAUUCCUCAUCACGCAACUGACCUUAAAGUGUUAGAUCUAGAAGAAGAAUAUGUAUAAAAAUAUACUUAAAAUUUGGAAAGAUUAUCAUCUUGAUAUAGACCAUACAAAUCUACUACUAAAUAAGUAGAGCAGAAGAACAAAUAUUUAAACAAAAAAACCUCUGUGUAUAUAUUUACCGUAAAACAGACAUGGAGCCUUUAUAUUUAUAAUUAAAAUAAGAUAAAGGUUCUCGUAGGAGCUACAUCAUAUACGUAUAUCCACACACUUGUACAAUAAUGUAACCAUUGCAAUAUGCAAUUACUCUACGGAUUUAAAUGAGCAAAGAAUUUUGUUUAAUGGAAAUUAAUCAUUUAAACGAAUUUAUGUUAAUGAAUUAAUGGUAAAGUAAAAAUCUAAAAAGACGAAAUAUACUCAGCACGACAACAUGACGCUGACAUAGGCGUUUCAUGCAACUAGAAAGUAUAUGUAGCAAAAUAUGUUAAAUAUACUCAUUGUAACACGACAAAGUAUUUAAUUUAUGAAACUGA